GGCUAGUUGCUUUAAAACAUGAAAUCGAGGCUGUGAUACAAGAUGGCGGAAGAAAAACCAUUUGAAACCCAUUGAGCGAGUUGCCGCCGAAAUCUCUCACCUAGUCCAAGCCCCGCAAACAUGUCCUUAGCGGUGGCGGACAAGCUGUUAAAGAACUUCGAGGCUCUUAAGAAUUUUCGUGAAGGGAUCCCCGUCACGGACACGAACCCCUUGGCCAAGAAAAAAGAAGGGCUUUUACCAAUCAAAGACCGGAUAUCACACAUCAACUCCAUCCCAGAACUACUAUGUUCCACCUCAAUCAAAGGUCUUCAGGAGUUUCCCAAGCUGCUUGCUAUUGGCAUUGAUACUCUUCUUGGCAGCUGUGAUGAGGAUGAGUCUGAUGUUAGGCUGGUUGCCGGGGAGGCUCUGAACAAGCUUAUUAAGGGUCUUCUGGACUCAAAUGUUGGGCGUUUAUUAGUUGAGCUCUACAAAGAGAUAAAAAAGAAUGGGUCAGCUAGAAGCUUAAGAGCUGCUAUUCAAAGAUUUGGAGAGAUAUGUCACCUGAUAAGACCUCAAAAAUGCAGACCAUUUGCUGCCAAUCUUUUGCCUUGUUUGGCCAGGAUUUGCAUGCGUACUGAGGAGGCGAUACAAGAAACCCUUGCUGUAGCAGUCCAGAAGAUAUUCCCAGUUCUGGGAAGUUUUACAAGUGACAAUGAAGUCAAGCAACUGAUGAAAGCCUUCCUCCCUAACUUGAGGGCCGAUCAAGCCAUGACACGACGUACAGCUGGAACCUCUCUGGCAAUUAUUUGCCAUCACUCACGCAAGCCAAGCAUGUUUCAUGAGUGGCUACUUAACAUCCUGUUAGGUAUGGUGCUGCCUUUUCAGGAGGUGAAGCCUGCCCCUGUGUAUCUUGGGGUCCUAAACUGUCUUCGACAAAUCAUCCCUAACUUGGAUGACACGUCGUCACAUGAAGAAAUCAUGCGUGGAAGCUUUGGGGUGCACAUGGCUCCCCGAGGGAGUCGCUUAUCCGAGGCUCAGGGAAUCAACAUCAAACAGUUACUUCAGAUGUAUGAAGUCCUUAUGCACUGUACUAAGCACUCUAAUCAUAAUGUGGUCAAUGCAUCCUUGGAAACCCUACAGCAGCUACUGAGAACUCCACCUGCCCCUCUCCUGGAGGUGCUUCUUUCCAGUGAUGGGAUAGUGCCUACCAUUAAACCAGACACAUUGCCUGAAGUUGAUAUGGAUAUUUCUGAUGACAAAGAAAACAAGGAGGAAACAGCCUCGAUUGCCACAACAGAGACGAGUGACACAGGACUUGGCAGUGAGGUCCGCAGUGACUUUGGUUCCACUGCUGACUUGCUUGCUUCUCAAUCAACUGAGGGGCUGAUAUCAGUUGACAGGGAGGGACUCGUCACACCCCAGGAUAGUGAUGAACAGUUGGCGCAGCAAAUUCAGCAUCUUGGUACAUCUGAUAAGGACACACAGAAUCAGACUGAUGAAGAAGAGCAAGGGGAGGAGGCAGACACCAUUGGUGACCUCUCUACCCCUCCCCCUAGCAGUCCAAGGGAGCGGUCCGUUUCUGAUCCAGGGUACUUUGGCGAGGGUGAAGACAAUGUCGAUGAACAAGGUGUGGCUAUAUCUCAAACAGACACCAACCAGGAUGACACAGAGAUCCCGGAUGAGCUACCAAGGAAGGAAACCGAUCGCCUUAGUGCUGACCUAGGGGAACUAGGGCAAGACCUAGAGCCAAUCAGGACAGAGUCAGUAUCAACACAGGAGGUCCGUAUACUUGUGGAGAGUAGCUUUGAGAUUGAGGCGGUCGCUUGUGAGGGUGUGCCACUAGUUCACUGUGUACGCCUGAUGUGUUCAUUCCUGCUGACUGGUCGUCCUGGUGAGGUUCUACCUGACUCUAAUGUGCGGGUUAGCGUCAAGUCCCUUGCAUUGGCUUGUAUAGCACAGGCAAUCAGGCUCUACCCAGAAUCCUUCUUAGGCUAUGUGGUGCCUUCAUGUGACAGCAGUGAUGGGGUUAAUGUCCCAGACAACAGGACCCAACUUGUGCGUGACAUUUUACAGUUCAAUGCACACCCUGACCCACAGCUACGGGGUGCACUUGCGUCGGUCAUUGGGCUCGUUAUCUCUGCAGGAAUGAAGAAAGGAAGACUUGACUUUGAGGAAUGGAGCAAUCGUUCUUGUGAAGAGUUCAACACCCCGGUGCUCUCCUUGCCAAGUCUCUUGUCAGUGCUGGGCUGUAUUCUUCAGGAUGACUCCCCUGUUGCUAUAAGACAGGCGUGUGCUGCAGUCAAGGUCUGUUUUAACCUUCUGUGCUCCAGUCCCCACUGUAGCCACGCCUUGGAUCUGGUGCACACUCUUGGCAAGCUCAAGAACAAUUCCUACUGGCUUGUUAAGGUUGAGCUCCUAGAGCUUAUUGCAGAAGUUGACUUUCGCCUGAUCGCCUUCCUAGAGACAUCGAGUUCUGGUCCAGACAAGAACCAUGUUGAACUAAAUCCAAUCUGCAUUCAGGACUGGCUGCUUUCAGAGGUGGUCUUUGUGUUGCUAGGAGAUGCAGAUGGGCGUGUUCGUCAUGCAGCGGCUGAUUGCUGUGUCUGCCUGGUUCCUCGUCUCCUGUUCUGUACUGGAGACAAACGUCAAAAUGCAGUUGUGCAGAGUGCCGAGUAUACAGUCCAUUCCUUGUCUGGCAACACAUAUGGGAACCCUGUGUUGAGUGGUCCACCUCGUUCAAAGCCUAGCCUGGAACCGAGUGUGUCUCGUUUGGUCUCCUUAGCCACUGAGACGCUCGGUCACUCCACGUCCAAGUACUUAACGGUUGGCUGCAUCCACCUUCUCUACACUCUGUCCCAGUCCUACCCAGUCUCAACACUCCCUGGGGCCUGGGGCUGUAGCGUGGGUCAGCACUGUCAUAGCCCAGUCUCCCCGUACUUCACCAGCUCUGGUUCGCCCCCAAGGCCUGGUAGCCCUAGUAUGACGUGUACUGGAGGAGGAGGUCCGCUCUCAUUGGCUGUAGCAUGUGUGACGUCAUCAUGGCUUGGAUACGAUCUGAAUGCCCACCAAAAUCUUCUGCUGCUUUCUGGGCAGCUGCUAUUUGGCAUUGGUUGUUCAGGGGUGCAAGCCAGUCUCAAGCUCCAUGCAGGUCUCCCUCAAGAGGAGUCUAGCCCUGCCAUGGAGUCAUGGAACCCGUUUGCUGAUCUAACACUUGCCCCUGUGGCGGAGAAACUCGUCAAUCACCUUGUCAAGAUAUUAAAUAUAUAUGCUCACGUGAUUGAUGGUAAUGUGCCAGGUGCACAUUCCUUCAAGCUGAGCUUCCCGGGACAAAACAAAGACAAAGACAAACCAUCUAGCCAAAGCCCUGUUCCUGGCGUUGCCACUCCACACUCCUCCCCCGCUGGGGUUGUGACAUCACCCUCCGUAACUGCCGUUCCCAAGCGGCUGCUAAAAUCAAAGCGUGCAAUGUCAGAAGCCGACCUCGCCAAUACGCCCGAAAAAUCACCAAGCAAAACAAGCGCAUCGCCAGCCCCUGACACUGAACAAACACCUCCCCAUCCCCCUCCCCCUAAGAGCAAUAUCGGCACGUUUCACCAGUCUUCACACUACAUGAAGCUGUAUGACGUCAUUCGAGGGACGCACCACAAUUACCAGGUCACCCUUAUGUCAACUCCACAUGACAAGUUUGUCAACUUUUUGCGUGCUACACUUGAGGUCCUGUCCAAAUUCUUGGAAGUGACAGCAUUCUCGGACAUCGGAAAGCACGUGGAGGAGAUUCUUGGAUAUCUUCAAGCCUGCGCCAAGGUCGAGCCUUGCAAAGCCUUUCUUAGCGUGCAGCAGCUUCUUCGCGCCAUGUUUGGUAUCAACGCAGUCAGUCAACCUGAGCUCGUGCAAUCCCCGAUUUACCCAGAAUGCCUUGCAGACUCACAAGUCACAUUACCCCCUAAGCCCGCAGAGCGAGUAAAUAGCACGGGCAGCGGACUUUACUAUGGCUGCUUUGUGCAGCCAUUGGAAGACUUCCGUGCGACGCUCGAAAAGAGCUUUAAGGAGGAAGAGACUGAGGGAUCGAUAAAAAAGGGCCUUGGAAGCUUCUUCAAGAAGUUCCGUAAAAGAUCUGGAUCUCUUAUUCGUCCCGCUGUCAAACUAGACAAGGGUUCCCCUAUUCAUUCGUUUAUUCGGUUGUUUGAGCCUCUUGUCAUUCGAGCACUCAAGGAGUACACCCUCAGCGCAUGCGCGACGUUACAGCAACAGGUGCUCAGUCUGCUGGCUCAGCUCAUCAAGCUACGUGUCAAUUAUGCACUGCUCGACGCUGACCAGGUUUUUAUCUCGUACGUUCAGAAGCAGUUUGAGUAUGUGGACGCUGGACAAAUCAGAGACUGCGACACGUUUCUACCGUAUGUGUUCCAGUUCCUGGUCCUACUAUCCUACGACUGCUACCAGCCCAAGUUUAACCAGGCCAAGGCUAUCGUAGGGAUGGCUAAGGUGAUCCAGCUCUGUGAUGGUAUCAUGGCGAGCGGCCAGUCCGCCAAAACGCACGCCAUCCCGGCCCUCCAACCAAUCGCGCACGACUUAUUCACACUGCGCACAUCAGCACGCGCAGACACGGCCAAGGAGGUUGAGACUCAGCGAGAAGUGGUGGUGUCUAUGCUUCUACGGCUUUUACAACAUGCCGAGGUUCUUGAGAUGCUAUCCAUGGUCCUGCAGUGUUACCAGCGCGAGGAUGAGGAGAAGUGGAAGAAGUUGUCUCGACAAGUGAUCGACAUGCUGCUACCUUUACUCGCCAAACAGCAGGCAUUGGUGGGGACUAGCUUUGGGCUAGAUGCAUUACGUACGCUCUUCCAGUCUGUGUCGGAAGUCGCUCUGCAUCCCGCGGAUGUUCUUUUGAAGACUCUCUUCUUCCCGGUGCAUCUGGGUGAGCUGCUGACUCUUGAGCGCUGGCUCAGUAUGGUUCUCGUUCUGCUGCAUACUGUCGCGGCUAACAUCACCGAGGAGCAGCUACUCUCCCGCAUCAGCCAGAUGAACAUCAAGCUAGACUGCCUGCAGGGCAUUGUGGACGACAGUCUAGACUCCUCCCCCAAUGAGAUGAUUGACACUAAUGAUGACCAGGCCUCACCUGCGCAGCUAUUUGGGUUAUUCAUGCUGCACGUGACACACAUCACGUCUUCUCGCAUCGUCCGCUUCUCUAACAUGGCAUUUACCACAAGCUAUCAGGACACUUCCUUCCUGGUCAAACAGUUCACCAGUCUCACCCUGUUCGCCACUCAUGUGUUUAUGUCAAAACGUUACCCGCGUAUCACCCAGGCUACUGCAUUACUUUGCCACAGCUCCCCCACUCACCCCAUCAUCCCAGAGAUCUGCAAAACUGUUAACAAAAUCAUCCCCACCCACCCCUUGAGCGUGUUGCAGUGGUGCAAAGUACUUCAGUCGAUAGGCUACGCUGACUUGUCGUACUGGUAUAACCUGAUUGGAACCUGUUCAUCAGAAGACAAAACAGGGGAGUCAACCAUGAACCGCGAGACCGUCCGUCAGGGUGCCAUACUACUGUACUGUGAUCUCCUUAUGGACAAGGAAGAGGCACAUCCGGGUUCCAGUAUGACGGAGGCCGCCGUGUUGCUUCAGACUUCCCUAGAAGACAUGGUACGACUGGAUGACGAGCCACCCAUCACCAGACUCAUCAGAACUCUUCACGGCAGUGCAGACGGCAGUCGUGUCUUGUUGGAGACCUUUAUUGCUACGCAUGCGCUAGGUACCAGUACCAAGAACCUUCAGACGUCGUUCCCCAAGCGCUUGGUGAGGUGUUUGGUGGGAGUUCAUUCAUCGCAAACGUGUCUACUGUUAAAGAUUCUGGCAGAGUUCUUCCUCAAUUCACACUGCCGGGCCAUCAGACGUCUCGUGGAGAACAACAUUUGUAAACGUCUAGAGGCAAACCUUCCACAGACCAAGGGUUCUCCUUCAGAAACAGUUAACCAAGAGCUCAUUGCUGUGUGUAAUUUGUUAGCGUCUAAGAAAUCAAUUCAAAGGAAUCCCAGACUGCACUCAUUGGUUCACCGGAUACUGCAAACAGAGCAUCGGCCGUACGGAGCAGAAACCAGGACUCAGCACCUAGUGUCUUCCAUGAAGGACUACACUAUAGACCAGGAGUGGUUUUCCCGCCUUGUGUCACAUUGCUGCUGCGCGACCGGGCCUGCUGACAGCACAGUUAGGCCCAGGCCCGCGCGGGAAUCCGUCCAGUUAUUGAGCGCCUUGGAAUUUUCUACCGUCUGUAAUAUUAUGGCAAGCGAGGAUUUUGACCUGCAUCUGCUGGAAGACUGCGUUCUAUACGGCGUGGAGCGAACACUGCACUUCACGGCCAGACGGAUGAACGCCGGACAGGAGACGGCUGUUUAUCCAUACGAGAAUACCGAACACUUCGAGAGCACCGGAGUCGAUCAUUUGCUACUCGCAGCCAAACUCACCUUGUUCAGACAUCUGGCGAGCACCGUGGAGGAGAUCACGAGCACAGUGCACAGUACAGGUUCCGGUGAAGUACCCCUCUCAUCUCGUAUCACAUUGGACAAGUCAAAGCUCGAUCGGUACUGCAAAGACGCCUCCGCCUGUCGCCGCCUGCUCGAUCUCUCUGCGGGGCUCAUGUCGUACUGCUCCGUGACAAGUUCUCUCCCUCGACAGUGCGAGCUGAGCCCGGACGAGAGGGCGUGCCUGUGCCGCUUUGCCUUCAUCCCUCUAGCGGUUAUGCACCAGAAAUUCCAGGCGUCGGAUUAUCCGAGCUCUGAUGAUUUAGGAACAGCUGUGGAGUGCUUAGGAAAGCUGUUGCUCCUAGACUACACGCUCCCUGUUAACGGUGUGGAAUUUGUAACACUCCUCUGUGCUGCCAUCAACCACGUCUAUUCCCUUUUGCGAGCAGUGGCAUUACACGCGCAUGAGCACUUAACGCACGACUGUGAGGAUGAUGACGCACUCCAGGAAUCCGCCGAGUUUCAAACCAUUACAUUCGCCUGUGACCAAAUAUCGGACCUAGUCCACUACGUCCACACGCAGCUAGAGCCUGGGCCGAGCUCGUCCUCUGUCCUUCCGCUGUUUUUGAUGGCGCCGUUCAAGUCCGCCAUUGUUGGCCUUGCGCGGCGACCUCUCGUGAAUAGCUACGCGCGCACACCGCCGCUCGUGUGGAAGUUCGGGUGGAUGCCGACUCCGGAGGGUCCACUCAAAACCGAGCUUCCGCCCCUUCCGAUAGAGAUUCUCAAGGAAAAGGACGUAUUGAAUGAAUUUGUUAUACGCGUCAAUAUACUAGGAUGGAUAAACCGUCAGCAGUUCGAGGAGACCUGGGCAGCACUGCUUGGAGUUCUCAGCUCGCCUCCUCUACCAGAUAGCGUCACACCCGAGGAGGACAUGGAAGCCACGCAUGCGUGUUGUUUAGCCAUCCGCUGCAUCUCGUCACUGCUGCUUCAGACUACGCUCUAUCCUGCAUCCGGGAACUGUACGGCCAGCGGUUACCUCCAUGGGCCGCGCCAUCGCGACUUGCCAUUCCUCGGCAGUAGGGCCGGCAAAAAACUCGCUGUCGUACGUGGAAUAAUGGAGGAAGAGUUCAUCACUUCUUGCUGUGCUGGCACAUACCUGACUCACGAAGAGCUCCAGCAUGAGCGCUCUGCCAGCCUGCAUCGCACUAACAGCUUUACCCAAAAUCACGGAAGCACGGCCGUGUGGACCAGUAACAAGCUGCUCUUUGAUCACCCGUUGUACGGGCUCAACGUGGACAGGAUUCCUGGCUUCCAUGACUACACACUUGGACAGCUGUCAGUGCAAGCCCUUCAUAGCCAAGCACAAGCGGAACUCCAGGAGUCCCCAGACAGUGAUGACGAGGCCGCUGUAGUGGUCAGUGUCCCGCACAUGCCUAGGCCGGAGAAGCUGGAUAUUCGGUCGUGUCUACAGUUUCUCCUGGAGCUGUUUGAGCAGUGGAUGUCUCCUUACGUCCAGCCUAGAACGCCACUCAUGCUGCUCUCAGAAGCCACAAAAGCACUCGUCGUGUUUUCGGAUCUGUUCGUGGACGGCCAUCACUUUGAGUGGGUGUUAGACACACUCCUGGAUCUGCACCACAACCACCCGACAGAGAACGACCUGUUGACACAGUACCUGCUGCCGGUCAUCUGCAAGGCGCUCGCUUUUCUCAAAACGGAGGGUCCAACAGCAGAGAGGGUCUGUAAGAUUGUUGAAUCAUCCCUGCGAAGCCCGCACGUUCCCUUACAGGUGUCCGCGCUGUACGGGGCCAUGUAUAUAAUGGAAGCGCACGUUUCAUCCGUUGUGGCGCAGCUCAUCCCCAUCCUUACCGACCACUUGGGACGAAAACUCGCCGCUCUUCCUAAUGCUGUGAUGCUGGCUCAGCAGCACCUUCUGGUCAUGUGGUCAGCGGUGUUCUAUCUGCUGGAACACUACAGUGACGAGAUCUCGGACCAGGAAUUCAAGGGCAACGUGCUCAAGACUGCGGUGCGCAUCGCGGCGUCGAAUGAGGAGAGCACCCCUCCGUGCGUCUACCACGCGAUCUUGAGAGGCCUCGAGAGACUAGUGGUGUCCUUUGCUUUGUCCACAUCCGAGAGUGACGCGCUGGUUAAGCUCAGCGUGGAUAGAUUAUCACUCCAGAAUCCUCAGCGCGCGAUUUCCGCCCUGGGCGUGUUGAUCACGUGCAUGUACACUGGCAAGAUCGGCGACCGACCGAGCGGAAUCUACCCUCAGUCGGACGUCGCCGAGUUUCCGACUGAGGAUCGAUUGCUUAUCGCUAUGGAGCGCGUGUCUGUGCUCUUUGACAGGAUCCGUAAAGGCAUCCCGUCCGAGGCGCGCGUGGUGUCUCGCGUGUUACCGUUGCUGUUACUGGAUUUCUUCCCGCCACAAGAAAUCAUGAAUAAAGUGAUUGGAGAGUUUUUGUCCAGUCAGCAGCCACACCCGGAACUCAUGGCGGAAGUGUUAUUCAAGGUGUUCGAGGGGCUACACAGCCAAGGACAGCAUUCGGACGUGAGGGACUGGGUCGUCCUAUCGCUGGCCAGCUUUGUCCAAAGGACGCCGCUGGCGAUGGCCGUCUGGAGUCUCUCCACUCUUUUCACUAGUGCUUCGACUAGUACGUGGAUCAGGGCCCUCUUCCCACACGUUGUAGGCCGCAUGGGGAAACUCGAAAACAUCGACGUGUGCUUCUUUAGCGCAUCAGCACUUGACUUUUAUGAGAACCAAGGAUUGGAUUCAUCUCAGAAAGGUAUACUCGUAUCAACCUUCAAGUCGGUGGCAACGGCUGGUUCGCCGUACAUCGGGGUUCUCAGGCGAUGUGAAAACUCGACCUGAAUUACCACGGUAACCACGGUAACAUCGCUAACCAACCAACAGAAGAGAUCACAUCCGGGUAUACGUCGUCAUGUACCGGUGCCGACACACGAGUGAGAGAGUUAAUUUCUUGUGCGUCUUAAGUAACUCAAACUUGUGAUUUGAAUGUCUCAUAAAGACGCGCGUGUUGGAUACGUGGUGGUUGACAGUUGCGUUAGGAACAAGAUUUUUAUUACCACGAGCUUGAUGUCAUUCCUGAUCGCAUCUUAACGCGCGUGGAACAUCCUGAGUCGUGGAACAGGAUUUUUAUUACCACGAGCUUGAUGU